UCUUUUAGGUAUAUUUCACAAAAAUACAUAUUUCGUCAUUACAAUGAAAUUUUUUCCCAAUCGAUAAAUAUCGAAGUGAAUGUCAUGAGAAAUAUAUAUUUUGCGAAGCUUCAAUUUCUUUCUUUCACAUGUACAUAUACCGAAGAAAGACAGAACGAUGUUUUAGGCACGAAAGUAUGCGAGACAAACUUAGCCUUAGAAGGAUUUAAAUCGCUCAAUUGGCGCGAUUUAAAUUUUCCUUCGUACGUCUACCUCCGCCGAAUUGGAAAUCGAAAUAAUUAUUAUUUACGAAUUCGCUGGCGCGCUUGCGGAAUAUCGCAGGCAGCAGAGACGAUACACAUGUAAUGAACGUUCCUCGACGUGACGCAACUUCGCCGGAGUUACGUGACUCGGGAAGCUUUGUAUAAAUUGCAUUCCGCGCAACUGCAGACGGCUAAGACCGGACUAACGGCGACGAUUACGGUGAGGAUUUCGAUCAGUACGCUUCCUGAUGCCGACGCGUUAACAUGUCUCUCCUUUCCUCUCUCUUUCUCUUUCCUUCUCUUUCUCUCUCUUUCUUUCUCUGGGAGUAAUCUCUCACGAUAUUUCCGUUAAACCUCUUCGUUACGCAAACGGCGAGACUAUGCGCGAUGGAUCGCCCUGUGAUUGCGCGUACGCGACGUUUUUUACGCGUUUAUCCUCUCAUCGGGGCCCAACGUAUCACCGUUUUCCUUUUCUCCGUAUUGUACGCCGUCACGAUUGCGCAAUAUUGCACGGAGAACGAACUCGAUGCGGCGGUUUGCGACGAGAGCUUGUUCGUGUCCUUAGGACGACCCGAACUUCAAUUGCAGCUGGUCCAAGUGGUACGUGAUAAACAUUUUAAUUCCAACGUAAAAUUAAUGUUUCUCGCGAUAAACGUAAUGUACAAUAGUUAUAAUAUACAAUAUAUAUGA